GCACACCGAGUUUUUUAUCCAAUUUACCGGUUCUCGGUUAAAAUGUCGAGCGUUAACAUGUUUAUUGGAUACGAUAUGGCACAUGAACUAAUGUCAAAUUUAAUACUAUGAGUAAGUUAUCUUUAAAAUGAAUCUUACAAAGGUUACUGGGAAGGUUAUUAAUGGAUUUAUAGAAAAGAAAACUGUGACUUCUCUUUCUAACAUAAGAUCUCAAGAAAAAAAUGAUGCAACAAAGAUAAAAAGAAAAAAGGAUGAGGAUGACUUGACACACAUUGACGAAUUGGAUGAAUGGCUUCAGCCAAAACAGUUAAUGAAACCUGAAAACCAACUUGUUUUGACUGAAGCUGAGCUAAAAGAAGAGUUUACAAGGAUAUUAACUGCAAAUAAUCCUCAUGCACCUGACAACAUAAUUCGGUUUAAUUUUAAGGAGAAGCAGUAUAAACCAAUAGCAAAUGUCGAACAAAUAGUGUUCCAUUUCUCUAUGGAAGGAAAUCUGAUACACAAAGAUUCAGAGGAGGCUCAAAAGCAAUCUUUAUCAGAUGACAAACACUCAAUACAUGAAGAGAAUGAUGAAACACAUGAAGAUAGUAUUGCAGUUGGUAAUGCAUUUACUAAACCCUCAGUGCAAAAAGUCACAAAUCAGUUCAAUUUCUGUGAACGAGGCUCUCAAACAUUUAAUAAUCCAUCCAGGGAGCGUGGGACAGAAACAGAACCACCUCCAAGAGGAAAUUAUAGCAGCAAUGUCAACCAGUGGGAAAUUUAUGAUGCCUAUGUUGAAGACUUAAAAAGACAGGAAAAAGAGAAAGAAAAGGAAGUUAAAAAGUCAGCUAAAAGAGAGAGUGAAACAAAGAAAAAAAACUUGACAACAGAAGUCACGAAUGAUGAAGUUGCAAAUGUCAGCAAAGUUGCCAAAAUUAUUGAACGAAUGGUUAAUCAAAAUACAUUUGAUGAAAUUGCUUAUGAUUUUAAAUAUUGGGAAGAUGCUUCUGAUGAAUAUAGAGAAAAUGAAGGUACAGUGCUGCCAUUAUGGAAAUUUUCAUAUAAAGGAACAAAGAAAAUGACUGUAACAGCUCUCUCAUGGUCUCCUAAUUAUGAAGAUUUAUUUGCAGUUGGUUAUGGCUCAUAUGAUUUUUUAAAGCAAAGUACUGGAAUAGUUUGCUUUUACAGUCUAAAAAAUCCAACAUAUCCUGAACGGAUUUUUAUGACAGAUUGGGGUGUUAUGUGUUUGGAUAUUCAUCAUUCCUAUUCAAAUUUGGUAGCUGUUGGAUUUUAUGAUGGUUCAAUUGCUGUGUACAACUUGGAAAGUAAAGAAGAUAAACCAAUUCUUAUGACUUCAACAGAGUUUGGGAAACAUACAGAUCCUGUAUGGGAGGUGAGGUGGCAAACAGAUGAUCUUGAUGGGAACUUAAAUUUGUAUUCAGUAUCCUCUGAUGGAAGAGUUGUGUUGUGGACAAUUAUUAAAAGUGAACUGCAAAACACUGAGAUCAUUCAACUAUGGGUUGGAUCAAAUUUUGGUGAUGGAUUUCAAGAAUCAGAUAAAAAAGUUCUAGGGUGUGGAACAUGUUUUGAUUUCCAUAAAACAGUGGAUCACUUGUUUCUAGUUGGUACAGAGGAGGGGAAAAUACAAAAAUGUUCAAAAGCUUACUCCAGCCAUUAUCUUAGCACUUUCAAUGCUCAUCAAAUGGCAGUCUAUGCUGUGCGUUGGAAUUAUUUUCACUCAAAAAUCUUUAUGUCAUGCAGUGCUGAUUGGUCUGUAAAAAUAUGGGAUCAUACUUGUUGUGAUGCUAUUUUUACAUAUAAUUUGGGAAGUCCUGUUGGAGAUGUAGCUUGGGCACCAUUUUCUGCAACUGUAUUUGCUGCAGUAACUGCUGACGGAAAAGUCGUCAUUUUUGACUUGAAUGUUAACAAGUAUAAACCAAUCUGCGAACAGAAAAUUGUUCAGAAAGGGAAGACUAAAUUGACCCAUGUUUCUUUUAAUAAAGUUCACCCAAUAGUAAUCAUUGGCGAUGAUAGGGGGUGUGUGACUUCAGUGAAGUUAUCUCCGAAUCUAAGAAAAGCUAUUAAGGAGCGCAGCAAAGGUCCAGAAAAUGAAAUUGCAAAAUUCGAUAAACUGUUGAGUUUAGCUCACGAUCCAUUCGAAAAUGUAGAAAGCAAUUCAUAACUGAAGGGUGGUUCAAUUAAAGUAUUUGUACACUUUAUCUUGUGAGUUUUAAUAUAAAAUUUUAGAAU